UGUCUGUUUGCCGGGGUCUCUGGCCUCCGGGACCAGAGGCGGGGGCUUGGGACGGUCCCCGUGACCCGUGCAGUCUAGGCUCCCUCAGCCACUCUGCCCCAAGAUGGGCCGUGGGGCCGGUCGUGAGUACUCACCCGCCGCCACCACUGCGGAGAAUGGGGGCGGCAAGAAGAAACAGAAAGAGAAGGAGCUGGAUGAGCUGAAGAAGGAGGUGGCCAUGGACGACCACAAGCUGUCCCUGGAUGAGUUGGGCCGCAAGUACCAAGUGGACCUGUCCAAGGGCCUCACCAACCAGCGGGCCCAGGACAUCCUGGCUCGGGAUGGGCCCAACGCCCUCACCCCGCCCCCCACAACCCCGGAGUGGGUCAAGUUCUGUCGCCAGCUGUUCGGGGGCUUCUCCAUCCUGCUGUGGAUCGGGGCCAUCCUCUGCUUCCUGGCCUAUGGCAUCCAGGCGGCCAUGGAGGAUGAGCCAUCCAACGACAACCUCUACCUGGGCGUGGUGCUGGCAGCCGUGGUCAUCGUCACCGGCUGCUUCUCCUACUACCAGGAGGCCAAGAGCUCCAAGAUCAUGGAUUCCUUCAAGAACAUGGUGCCUCAGCAAGCCCUCGUGGUGCGGGAAGGAGAGAAGAUGCAGAUCAACGCAGAGGAGGUGGUGGUAGGAGACCUGGUGGAGGUGAAGGGCGGCGACCGCGUGCCUGCGGACCUGCGCAUCAUCUCUUCCCACGGCUGCAAGGUGGACAACUCAUCGCUCACAGGAGAGUCGGAGCCCCAGACCCGCUCCCCCGAGUUCACGCAUGAGAACCCCCUGGAGACCCGCAAUAUCUGCUUCUUCUCCACCAACUGUGUGGAAGGCACGGCCCGGGGCAUCGUGAUUGCCACAGGUGACCGGACGGUGAUGGGCCGCAUAGCCACGCUGGCCUCGGGCCUGGAGGUGGGGCGGACGCCCAUAGCCAUGGAGAUCGAGCACUUCAUCCAGCUGAUCACAGGGGUGGCCGUCUUCCUGGGGGUCUCCUUCUUCGUGCUCUCGCUCAUCCUGGGCUACAGCUGGCUGGAGGCUGUCAUCUUCCUCAUCGGCAUCAUCGUGGCCAACGUGCCCGAGGGGCUGCUGGCUACGGUCACCGUGUGUCUGACCCUGACGGCCAAGCGCAUGGCGCGCAAGAACUGCCUGGUGAAGAACCUGGAGGCGGUGGAGACGCUGGGCUCCACGUCCACCAUCUGCUCCGACAAGACGGGCACCCUCACCCAGAACCGCAUGACCGUCGCCCACAUGUGGUUCGACAACCAGAUCCAUGAAGCGGACACCACCGAAGAUCAGUCUGGGGCCACGUUCGACAAGCGAUCGCCCACGUGGACGGCCCUGUCUCGGAUCGCCGGUCUCUGCAACCGGGCCGUCUUCAAGGCCGGACAGGAGAACAUCUCGGUGUCUAAGCGGGACACGGCGGGCGAUGCCUCCGAGUCGGCUCUGCUCAAGUGCAUCGAGCUGUCCUGCGGCUCCGUGAGGAAGAUGAGGGACCGGAACCCCAAGGUGGCGGAGAUUCCUUUCAAUUCUACCAACAAGUACCAGCUGUCCAUCCACGAGCGAGAAGACAGCCCGCAGAGCCACGUGCUGGUGAUGAAGGGGGCCCCGGAGCGCAUCCUGGACCGCUGCUCCACCAUCCUGGUGCAGGGCAAGGAGAUCCCGCUGGACAAGGAGAUCCCCCCAAGUACAGCCUGUCCCCCCCAAACACGGGCGCACGCACACACGCUGUUCCCCCAGCGUGGCUGGGAUCUCUCAGUCUGGCUCUUUCUGACUUACGGCAAGGAGUGGGUUAGGAGAGGCCCUCAGCACUGCUUUUCUCCUCUCUUCUCCUUUUCGCAGGUGAUCAUGGUGACCGGGGACCACCCCAUCACAGCCAAGGCCAUCGCCAAAGGGGUGGGCAUCAUAUCCGAAGGCAACGAGACCGUGGAAGACAUUGCGGCCAGGCUCAACAUUCCCGUCAGCCAGGUCAACCCCAGGGAAGCCAAGGCGUGCGUGGUGCACGGCUCAGACCUGAAGGACAUGACGUCGGAGCAGCUGGACGAGAUCCUCAAGAACCACACGGAGAUCGUGUUCGCGCGGACGUCCCCGCAGCAGAAGCUCAUCAUCGUGGAGGGCUGCCAGAGGCAGGGGGCCAUCGUGGCGGUGACCGGGGACGGCGUGAACGACUCCCCCGCGCUCAAGAAGGCCGACAUCGGCAUCGCCAUGGGCAUCUCGGGCUCCGACGUGUCCAAGCAGGCCGCCGACAUGAUCCUGCUGGACGACAACUUUGCGUCCAUCGUCACGGGCGUGGAGGAGGGCCGCCUCAUCUUUGACAACCUCAAGAAAUCCAUCGCGUACACCCUGACCAGCAACAUUCCCGAGAUCACCCCCUUCCUGCUGUUCAUCAUCGCCAACAUCCCCCUGCCUCUGGGCACCGUGACCAUCCUCUGCAUCGACCUGGGCACAGACAUGGUCCCCGCCAUCUCCCUGGCCUACGAGGCAGCCGAGAGCGACAUCAUGAAGCGGCAGCCGAGGAACCCGCAGACUGACAAGCUGGUGAACGAGAGGCUCAUCAGCAUGGCCUACGGACAGAUCGGGAUGAUCCAGGCCCUGGGUGGCUUCUUCACCUACUUCGUCAUCCUGGCAGAGAACGGUUUCCUGCCGUCGCGGCUGCUGGGAAUCCGCCUGGACUGGGACGACCGGUCCAUGAACGACCUGGAGGACAGCUAUGGGCAGGAAUGGACCUACGAGCAGCGGAAGGUGGUGGAGUUCACCUGCCACACGGCCUUCUUCGCCAGCAUCGUGGUCGUGCAGUGGGCUGACCUCAUCAUCUGCAAGACCCGCCGCAACUCGGUCUUCCAACAGGGCAUGAAGAACAAGAUUCUGAUUUUCGGGCUGCUGGAGGAGACGGCGCUGGCGGCCUUCCUGUCCUACUGCCCGGGCAUGGGCGUGGCCCUGCGCAUGUACCCGCUCAAGGUCACUUGGUGGUUCUGUGCCUUCCCCUAUAGCCUCCUCAUCUUCAUCUACGACGAGGUCCGGAAGCUCAUCCUGCGGCGCUAUCCCGGCGGCUGGGUGGAGAAGGAGACCUACUACUGAGCCUUCAGAAGAAGGACCAGGCUCAGGCCGGGGCGACUGGAGGCGGUGCAGGGGAUGGUGAUGCGCAGAAGACUGGGGGUGCUGGGGGGCGGUCCGGGGAGGGACAAUGAGCCGCUCAGCAGGCUAAGCUGGGGGCAGCGGGCACGUAAGCUCUCGUAAGCUCGGGGCAAUUGCCUUGCAGACCUAACUAUGAACGAUCGGCUUAGACACCACACGUUAGGGUCCUUCCCAGAUCCUGCUCCACUGCUCCACCCUGUUGUCCACUUUUUCUGAGGAAUUGAGGGUUACCCCAGCCCCCCGCCGUCGUCUGCCCCCGCACACCCGCCUCCUGCUGGAACACAUCAACACCCCCCCCGCCCCCAGCCAGGGACCUGUCUAAACUGGGAAGAGGGGACUGUCUCAGAUCACCAAUGCCCCUCCGCCUCUCCGCCUCACCCCACCGUCCAGUCCACCCCUCGUUUGCUUCCUGCCAACUGACGCCCGCGCCCCUUGGGAUCAGACACAGUUCCUCCUAGGGAAUGCCAGGCCGGAAAGGGAAGCUGAUUGUAGAAGCCAGUCCUCCGCAGGCAGGCGAGGCUGGUUAGGAGCCUCUAGAGGAGGGCGGGCAGGGGCGUGGGAGGCCGAGGAGGGACGUGGCAAAGGGAGCGGGGAAGAGAGUGCCAGGACAGGACAGCUGAUGUGCGGUGUUUCCGCCCCAUGUCCUGCUCUUUUAGAGCUUCCUGCCAGCAGACCCAAUUCAAAUGUCAUCAGAGUAGCGGCAAAGGCAGCCAGAGAACCCAGGAGCCCCGCUGGGAUCCCGCACCCCUGCCCUGUGCAGUCCCCACCCACCCGGGUUCGUGCCCUCUGGGUCCUGCGGCCCAGGUGUCCCAGAUGCUCUGGCGGUGUUGUCCUCACUCACUCAUGCCUCCAGGCUGCUAGGUCCUCAGAGGCUCCGUGUUGGGCCCAGAGGGACACCUGCCCCUGCCACCCCCUUCCCCGCUGUGAUCAUCCCCAUGAAGCUGCCUCGUUCCCCGAAGCACCCGGCCACCAGCUGCAAUCUGGGUGGAGGACGUUCCUGGGACCUUCCCACGGCCCAGGGACAUGCAGAACCAGCUUAGGUCACCAGCCUGCUCAGAACCUCCCAACAAGAAGAGAGCAGGCGCUGGGAGGGCUGUUCCUCCCAGGUGAACGCCCCCCCCCUUUAGUGGGAGCACUAACCCUGCUUCCCAGGGCGGGGAGUUGGUUUCAGGUUCCUGGGAGACGCUGCGUUGCCCUCCCCUCACCCCAACCCAACAGCUCCACUCUGCAGGCAGCUCGGCCCCUCCUCUAGGCCUAGCCCAGAAGCCCUGGGAAGCCCGGGAGAGACACCCAGCUGAGCGGCCAAAGGGAAGACCCAAGGCAGAGGGACGGAGGCCGUGGACGACCCCCGGGGGGCUCCCCCUUCGCUACACUGGAAUUUUACCUUAUCAGAAAUACCUUGAAAUAAGUGAGUCGUCGCUCCAGCUCAGAAAACGAAAUGGGAAACCACAUGAAUUUGGGCCUGAGAAGUUUGAGAUCUGUUGACUGUGGACAAAGUUUACCUUUGCACUGUCAGUUAAAAAAAGAAAAAAAAGGCCUUUGUUCAGCAAAUUAAAAGCAUAAACCACAUUGCUAGCGAUGGCAUAUCUAGUCCACCUAAAACUAUACUUUGGAGGCACUUUAGGAAUAUCUACGUAGAAGUAGCGCGUGCAUGGGCUAAUCAUCAAUUCUCCUGUGUUUGUUCAAGAAACAUUCUCAAGACCUUCACUCGGUGACCUUUUGUAAGACAUUAGUUCGAGGUACUAUGUAUGUACUUGAAAAUAAUAAAGUCGCAUUUAUGACA